GCCAAUUUUAACGAGGUUCCCAAUCUACUGGUCACUCCUCGUCCUAGACUCAGUACUUCACUGAGAUCUAGGGGACUCUUUUUUUUAUUUGAUUUUUUCCUAUCAAGCAAAAUGAAACAAUGACAACACAAAGGUAGAAACAACAAGAGUAUUCAACCCGGAUCCCGAUCCCAGACCCGUUACACUAUCAAUCAAGCAGAACCUUUUCCUCUGUUGAUUGACCCAGUUUGUAAGCAGCCCUCUACCACCCUUACAAAAAGUACAUUGCUCGCUGAAGAACCAUUGAUUUAUAUAGCCUUCAGAAUCCUUCCCGACCGUUGCCUUUGAAUGUUGAAGCUGAAUGAAUAUGGAAGCUUGAGCUGUCUCUGGCUGUCUUCUUUCUUCUUUUAGAGCAAUCCUGAUUUGGUAACUUUAUUCAACAUAAUCUUCACUUGUUUUUCCUUGCCGAGAUAGGGUAUCUUAGAAAAAAAGUUAACGAGGAAUCCGGAAGGAAAAACGUGUAAUCGGUCUCGCAUCGCACUCGAACCGACUACAAUAUUCUCCAUGCAAAUGCAAUGCAACUGAGAGAGAAAACAUUUCCUCUUUUCGUUAAGUUUCAAAUGCACAAUUAUACUCCAAAUUCAGAACUCUAUGAAUUAAUAAAUGAUCAUUCACUCCAGAAAAGGCCAAAGGGACAGCAAGCUAGCUGACGGUGAAGAUCUCAUCUGAGAAGUUUUUUAUUUGUUAAGAUGCAAACAACCCACCGCAACCACAAAAUAUGGACAAAAGAAAGCAUCCUCCAGAAACACACAAUUGACUACUAUAUUAUUAUUAUUUAAUUUGCAAAUGAAGAAAGAAAGCUGAUCAGGUAUGGAGAAUGACUUGGGUUGGGAGGUAGGAUUAGGAAGGAUGAGUUACCUUACAGUGAAAGCUAAGCAGUCUUGCGCGGAUCAAUGUCCGAACGAAACCCAGCCGCCAGAUCUCCCUUCUCCCACCAACUCAUCUCAAAUAUUCCCUCCUUUCUCCACAUCUUAAAAUUUGGCCUCCUUCAUUGCCGCUUUGGCUGGCUCACCUAAUCAAAUCCUUCCUUCUUCCCAACCCAACAUAUUAAUAAACUUCCUCAUGUGAUGUCGCUGCCUUCCAAAUUCACCUCACUCAAUUUUCCUGCAGACGCAACCCAACCCCACCUACCCACCACCUCACAUUUCCAAUCUAACCGGCGAUAUCUGAGUACGACCCUUUUCUGCCUGCUCACAGAGAUUUCUUAUCGUCGAUUUCUUGUGUGGGGAAGAGAUUGAUUACCAAUAAAGUGGUGACCUUUUUCGACAUUUCAACGCCACCGCCUUAUUUGCCCUUUGGCGUGCCUCAUUUAUUGAACUCAACUUGCUAUGGAAAGGCUGAGAUUCACUCUUGUUUUGUGAUGGUGGUGGACUUGGCUCCAUUGCUUCUCAGAAAAGUGAGUUUCCAUCUGGGCUGUUCUUAGUUCUUUUGAAUUAUAUGUGUUUCAGCUCUGCAUAUGGCGGUUCAUAUAAUCUGUUGCCCUAUAGUUAUUAGUCAUAUUUCUGGGGUUAAGUUACCUUAUCAGGAAAUUAGUUACUUACUUGAUCUAGUCAGGAGAUCUGUUGCUUCUUUUUGCUUCCACUUUUCUCGUGUCCGUGACAGCUUGGAGGAAGCUCUUGUAUUAGAUAUGGGCUUAUGCCUAUUUAGAAGUUCAUAACCUUAUGUUCUUUAUGUUUCUCCUCAGUACUGAAAGCUCAAAACUAUUCACCAACCAAGUCAGGUCUCCUUUCGUCUUCUUGGGAAUUCUCUCUUACUGCGGAUAAUGUUCUUGUUCUUCCCUUGCUUGUCUAGUUGGCAUCAAAAGACACUGGUAGUUAGAGAAUCCAUCUUGGCACAAGAAUAUAUUGUUCCAUCACUUGUCCAAGAACAAUCAUUUCGUCUAUGUUAAUAGUUUUUGCACUUGGAGAAGCAAACUUUUCUCGACCUGUGAUAAAAUUUGUAGGCUUGUUAUGUUUCAUUCUUAGCCAGCCGUAUUGCUUAACUGGUACUCAGGACACUUAUCCAAGGAACUUGUAAACUUGUUCUUUUGAAUAAGUUGGGCUGGUGGAAAGGCUGCUGCAAUUGUUCAACAGAUGGGAUUUCGGAAUUUCUCAUGUAUCCUUUCGUUGGCCUUUCUCCUCCAUGUGAACGCUGUCCCAGAGAUUAUGCCUGCGACAGUUGUAGUCGAUGCGACUGUUACAGUUGCUGAGACUGACGACAACUAUGUUUGUGCUACACUAGAUUGGUGGCCUCACGAUAAGUGUGACUAUAACCAUUGCCCAUGGGGAUACACUUCUGUAGUAAAUUUGGAUGUCUCUCAUCCUCUUCUUGCCAAAGCUAUCCAAGCUUUCAGGCCAUUGAGGAUAAGAGUAGGAGGCUCGUUGCAAGACCAAGUUCUAUAUGAUGUCGGGAAUCUGGGUUCUCCUUGUCAUUCUUUUUUCAAAAUGAAAGGUGGGCUGUUUGGGUUUUCAAAGGGAUGCCUACACAUGGACCGAUGGGAUGCGCUGAACAACUUAUUCAGCAAGACAGGAGCCAUGAUCACAUUCGGCAUAAAUGCUCUUCGUGGAAGGCACAAGAUCAAGAAUAAGGUUUGGGGAGGACCUUGGAAUUUUACUAAUGCUCAUGAUUUCAUCAGUUAUACCAUCACAAAAGGAUACAAGAUAGAAGCAUGGGAAUUUGGUAACGAGUUGAGUGGAACUGGUGUUGGUGCAAGUGUUAGUGUUGAUACGUAUGCAAAGGAUGUGGUCAAACUUAAAGAAAUUGUAGAUGAAUUAUACAAUGACUCAAACAAGAAACCUUCGAUUAUGGCACCUGGAGGUUUCUUCGAGCAGGGCUGGUAUGCUAAGCUUCUUAAGGUUACAGGCCCCGGAACACUUAACACAGUGUCUCAUCAUAUGUAUAACUUGGGAGCAGGUGUUGAUCACCACCUCAUUGAGCAUAUCCUGGAUCCAAAUUAUUUGAGCAAGGUGUCUAAGACAUUCAGCAGCCUGGCACAAACCAUUCAACAGAAUGGUCCCUGGGCUUCAGCAUGGGUUGGAGAAUCUGGUGGUGCAUUUAACAGCGGUGGUUUUCACAUAUCUGAUACAUUUGUAAACAGCUUUUGGUACUUGGAUCAGCUUGGCAUGGCAGCUGCAUACGAUACUAAAGUCUAUUGCAGGCAAACCCUAAUAGGUGGACACUAUAGUCUGCUCAACACUACAACAUUCGUCCCAAAUCCUGAUUACUACAGGCACGGUGCCCUUCUCUGGCAUCGACUGAUGGGGAAAACUGUCCUAGGGGCUACCACUACGGCAUCACCUUAUCUACGCUAUUACGCUCAUUGCUCCAAAGGAAGAGCAGGCAUUACUUUGUUGCUAAUCAACCUGAGCAACAACACAGACUUCAUAGUCAAGGUACGAAGCAGCUCCAACUCGAAGCUGAAUCUGCAACAAAGUAGUCAUGGUGCCAGUUCAUUUGUUAAUGGCCUCAAGAGAUCGAUUUCGUGGGUAGGAAGUGAAGCGACAGAUGGGUCAUUGUUCCGAGAAGAGUACCAUCUGAGUCCCAAAGAUGGGGACCUUCAAAGCAAAACCAUGCUUCUAAAUGGGAUCCAAUUACAACUCACGGAGAAGGGAGACAUCCCAAAGCUCGAACCCGUCCGUUCCCGUUUGAGUUCACCACUAUAUAUAAGCUCAUUAUCCAUUUCAUUCAUAGUGUUGCCUAAUUUUGAUUCUCCCGCUUGUGCCUAAUUCUCUGCACAAUGCGGUAUUUCUUGGUAUUACAAUUAUUAUUUUUAAUUUGGUUUAGGGAAUGAUGUAUGGUUCUAGUAUUGUACAUGAUUCUGUUAGAGAUUGGUGAGUUGCUGAAUUUGUUUUUUAGCCCUUGUCAAUUGUAAAUUAUAGCAUGUUAGUCACAGAUACAAUCAAAGAAGGAAGAUCAUGUUUGAAUGACUUUCAAGGCCUGUUUGAGUGUAUGGAUAUGAAAGGCUUUUGUUUUUUCUUUUUUUUUUUGUGUGGGAAUUUGUGGUGCUUGUUAUUAGGAGAUGCAAUGUUUUUUUU